CAUUAGAAACUAGGCACGGGGUGUCUCCGCCUUUGGCUGUAUAUGGUUAGUCGGUGACGGCAAUAUGGCAACUAGGUGGGGAAUUUGUACCGCGGGACAGAUCAGCAAUGACUUCACCGUCGCCCUUAAGACACUCCCUCCGGAAGACCACCAGGUGGUUGCGGUAGCCGCUCGUAGCCUUGCACGAGCCCAGGAGUUUGCGCAGAAGCACGACAUCCCGCGCGCCUAUGGAAGCUAUGAUGAACUCGCCAACGAUCCGGAGAUUGAUGUGGUGUAUGUGGGCACCAUACACCCCAAACAUCUGCCAGUGAGCCUGCUCUUCAUGAACGCCAAGAAGAACGUACUGUGUGAGAAGCCUCUGGCUAUGAACCUCAGGGAGGUCCAGGAGAUGGUUGCUGCGGCCAAGCUCAACAACAUCUUCUUCAUGGAGGCCGUGUGGACCCGGUUCUUCCCUGCCUCCAUGGAGAUAAGCAGGCUGCUGGCACAGGGGGAGGUGGGUGAGGUGAAGAUGGUGCGGGCGGAUUUCGGGGUGUCCAUUGCACACAUCCCCCGAACCGUGGAGAAGGAACUGGGCGGCGGAGCCCUGCUGGACAUAGGCGUGUACUGCCUGCAGUUCAUUCUCAUGGUGUUUAAUGGGGAGAGGCCUGAGUGUAUUCAAGCCACUGGCGUCUGUCUGGAUACAAGGGUGGACGAGGCCAUGGUGGUAACCCUGAGGUUCUCGCGGGGCAGGAUGGCCGUGUGCCGCUGCACCGUAACUACAGAGCUGCCCAACGAUGCGGUCAUCUCCGGCACUAAAGGCAGCAUCAGGGUCCCGGAGCACAUGUGGUGCCCCACGACCCUGCUGGUGAAAAAGAAGGAGACGCAGUACCCGCUGCCUGAGCCCCACCUGCCCCUCAACUUCACCUUCAGCACGGGCAUGCGCUACGAGGCCGAGGAGGUGCGCCAGUGUCUGCUCAAAGGGUUGAAGGAGUGUCCACGCAUGACACACGCAGACUCAGCCCUCCUGGCGGAGAUCAUGGACGAGGCGAGGCGACAGGUUGGAGUCACUUACAGCCAGGACUGCCAGUGACCCUUACACACACACACACACACACACACACACACACACACACACACACUCUGAGUUCAGUUCAAGUCAAUAAAUUUCAUCCAUAAAAAGGU